GACAUAUAUAUUUAUCUAUGAGUCCGGUUUGUUGAUGAAAAAGAAUUCAAUAAUCAAUUUUAAUCAUAGAUAAAUAUAUAUGUAGCAAGCUAAUUAAUAAAGCUAUAGACACAGACUACUUAGUGGAUACGCUAUAGAAAACAGCAAUGGCCUUUAGUGAAGGUGAAGUUUGUAGAAUUUGUUUAAGCGUUAAUAUACGCAUGUUUGCACUAAAGGAGACUGGCCUCCAAAAUUUGUAUAAGACAUUGACGAACAGUUUUUUGGAUGAGAUUGAGGGGCCAAUAAUUGUCUGUUUCACCUGUCAUGCAAGACUCAUUCGUUGCAGAAGAUUACAACAACAGGCUAUUGAGUCAAAUGUGGUUCUGGAGCAGUUGCUUUCAGGAGGAUCCAUGUCAAUACCAAAACCGCAUAAGGUUAGAGGUGAGAUUAAAUUCACACCAAUUUAUCAUAUAGAUAUCUGGCCUGUAGCUAGUGAUAUAGACAAUGAUUGCAAGGACGAAUUUUUUUGCUUUGAUGCCGUUAAAGUUGAGGAAGAGAUUUUCGAAUAUGAGAAUUCCAAAUUGGAAGAAAAUGAGAAUCAUGAAACAGAACCAUACAUCAUACCGACAAAUCAUUUUUCAAAAGCGUCUGAGAGCAAGAUUAAAUCAAAUUCUACUGAUUGUAAUUGUAACAUAAACGAUGUUCGUAAAGGAAACCUCGAUUUAGAAAGCCCUACUAUUAAAUCAAAACCUAAAGUCAAAAAAGAUAAUCAACCAAUUAAUAAAAAAGGAAAGCAUCCUGCAAAUAUUAUGAGAAAGAAAAUAUUGAAACAAAAGAGUGUAAAUAUACUUACGAGAAAAACAUCAGGGGCAUCAACAAAAUACAUUUUUGAAUGUGAUGGUUGUAGCAAAAAAUUUUCAACAAGAGACAUUCUCGCCAAACACAUUUCAUACAGUCAUAAGACGCAAAAGAACCAAAAGAACACCACUGCAGUUCGGACACAAGUUGAACAAACUCCAGUACCACAACCACAAGUAACGGAAAUAUUUAAUUGUGAUAUUUGCGAAUUUAAAACAACUCAAAAACGUUGCAUUUUGGCACAUCUUAAAGCGCACGUCGCUGAACAAGUGUACUGUUGUAAUGAUUGUGAUUAUAAAAGUAUUAAAAAAGAUCGUUUGCAGAGACAUAUGAAAAUACAUACUGGAGAAAAACUUUUUUCAUGUAAUAUCUGUGGAUAUAAAUGUAUUGAUAAAAGUAAUUUGCGGUAUCAUAUGAAAAUUCAUACUGGAGAAAAACCUUUUUCGUGUCAUAUCUGUAAAUAUAAAUGUAUUCAAAAAAGUAGUUUACAAACACAUAUGAAAAUACAUACUGGAGACAAACCUUUUUCGUGUCAUAUCUGUAAAUAUAAAUAUAUUCAAAAAAGUAGUUUGCAAACACAUAUGAAAAUACAUACUGGAGAAAAACCUUUUUCAUGUAAUAUCUGUGAAUAUAAAUGUAUUAGAAAAGAUGUGUUGCAAACACAUAUGAAAAUACAUACUGGAGAAAAACCUUUUUCGUGUCAUAUCUGUAAAUAUCAAUGUAUUCAAAAAAGUAGUUUACAAACACAUAUGAAAAUACAUACUGGAGAAAAACCUUUUUCAUGUAAUAUCUGUGAAUAUAAAUGUAUUAGAAAAGAUGUGUUGCAAACACAUAUGAAAAUACAUACUGGAGAAAAACCUUUUUCGUGUCAUAUCUGUAAAUAUCAAUGUAUUCAAAAAAGUAGUUUACAAACACAUAUGAAAAUACAUACUGGAGAAAAACCUUUUUCGUGUCAUAUCUGUAAAUAUAAAUAUAUUCAAAAAAGUAGUUUGCAAACACAUAUGAAAAUACAUACUGGAGAAAAACCUUUUCCAUGUAAUAUCUGUGAAUAUAAAUGUAUUAGAAAAGAUGUGUUGCAAACACAUAUGAAAAUACAUACUGGAGAAAAACCUUUUUCGUGUCAUAUCUGUAAAUAUCAAUGUAUUCACAAAAGUAGUUUGCAAAGGCAUAUGAAAAUACAUACUGGAGAAAAACCUUUUUCAUGUAAUAUGUGUGAAUAUAAAUGUAUAGAAAAAAGUAAUUUGCAAAGGCAUAUGAAAAUACAUACUGGAGAAAAACCUUUUUCAUGUAAUAUCUGUGAAUAUAAAUGUAAAGAAAAAUGUGAUUUGCAAAGGCAUUUGAAAAUACAUACUGGAGAAAAACCUUUCUCAUGUAAUAUCUGUGAAUAUAAAUGUAUAGAAAAAAGUAGUUUGCAAACACAUAUGAAAAUACAUACUGGAGAAAAACCUUUUUCAUGUAAUAUCUGUGAAUAUAAAUGUAUAGAAAAAAGUAGUUUGCAAACACAUAUGAAAAUACAUACUGGAGAAAAACCUUUUUCGUGUCAUAUCUGUAAAUAUAAGUGUAUUACAAAAAGUAAUUUGCAAAGGCAUAUGAAAAUACAUACUGGAGAAAAACCUUUUUCGUGUCAUAUCUGUAAAUAUAAAUGUAUUAGAAGAGAUAUGUUGCAAACACAUAUGAACAUACACUCUUGAGCAGAACCUUUUUUGUGAGAGAUCUGGUAAAAUAUGUGCAAUAUUAUGUAAACGUGUUUUAUAUAAAUAUAAAAGUAUACUAGAU